GACAAGGGCACCGACCUUCAGUGCCAGCGACCGAGCUCCACGCGUAGAAAACGCACUCGCCCUCCCGGCGGCACCUCCCUCGCUCCGAUUUUCAACGGCGGCGUGCGGCGCACGGGCCCCGGAGGCCUAAGCCACCGGCCCGGCCUCACCACACGCGUCCCCGGGAAGAAAGCGGCACCACCCCCGCUCCCCGCGGCACUCGCCUACACCCGGCCGGGCGAGCACAUGGCCGCCGCGUCCCCUCCGCUUCGCCCCGAGGGUCGUUUUUCCCCGGGCCGCCUCGCCGCAGACCAGCGCUGCCCCCGUUGGGAGGGGACACCCGCGGUCAGGGCUCCGUCGGCGCCCCGCGCGCCGAGUUCUUCCUGGGAUGGGAAAACGAAUAAAAGCGAGGAUUUACUGUCGUGCUCUCCCGCUGCAUCCCGGUGAGCCGGCGGCGCAGCGGCAAGCAGGGCUGUGCCCGGGGCGGCCCCUGUGUGGCUUGUUGCGCUCCCUGCUCCGCCGGGGCGGUCGGGAAACAGCCGGGCUCCGGCUCGGUAACCGGGGCAGUUAGCGGUCAGUGAUUGACUCCCUGCGGGAACAGGGAUCCCCGCGGCGCCGGACUCGGCUCGCAGUGGGAUGGCGAGCGGCGCUGCGGGGCCUCGCGGGGAGGCCGUGUUACUGCACGUGUCCCUUCCGGUACCGAAAAUGCCAGCAAAUAAACUCAAGAUCUUGAGACUCAUUUUGGAGUUUUAGAAAGCCGGAAUGCUUUAUCAGGCCUGGGCAACACGAGGAGUGAGCUUCGUCAAUCGCGUGCAGCGAGGCGAGAGCUGGGACAGACGGAUUCCCAUUCGUAUGCAUAAGUAUGAAUUUUCCCAGGAAUCUCAUGCGUACGGUAUUACUUUCCAAGGACUGAUUUUAAUGUUAUUAUGAACUUAGCAACAGGCAAAACUCUCGCUAAUUUGGAGCUGCCUCCUGCUCUGCCUGACCCUGCCUCAGAGGGACCCGGUGCGAGCGGGCGUCUCCGCGGACACCUGCGCUCGGCGCGGAUCGCGCUGCGCAACCCGCGAUCAUCCAAGCGUCCGCGAACACCGUCUAAAAGCAAACGCGCUGUCAGAGGGGCGUGCUCUCUAACUUCCAAAGAACAUGAUUACUUAGAUAAAACGUCCCUACUUUAGCUGAAGUGAAAAAUACCGCGCUUUCUGUAGCUGUCAGCGCUUCUCGCCUCGCUUCGGGGCGCGGGGCUGACUCUGCCCCUCCCGGCUCCCGCCCCGAUCCUCUUCCCGAACUGGGAGGGAACGAGCGUUCCUCUUCCUGGAUUUGCCGUGCUUGCCGUUGCCUGCAGGCUGAGCUGCCGUUUGAGCCCGCGGGAGCCGCGGCGGGUAACACCUCGCUCCGUGACAUUUCGAGGGCAGCGGGCACCUCCUCGGCGCCCCUGCCCCGCGGCAUCCGGCGCCUCCUCCUGCUCGGCCCGCCCCGACAGCGCGGGGAACCGGCAGGAAGCGCCCGGGCCGGGGAGCGAGGGGUGAGAGUGGGGGUUGGGGCGGCGAGGGUGCGUGGCUGUGAACCUGUGCGUGCACCCCCCCAGCUUUCCUGUAGCCCUCUUCAGGUACUAGAAGGUCGCUAUAAGGUCUCCUCAGAACCUUCUCCAGGCUGAACAACCCCAACUCUCUCAGCCUGUCCUCGUAUGGAAGGUUCUCCAGCCCUCUGAUCAUCUUUGUAGCCGUCCUCUGGACCCGUUCCAACAGCUCCGUAUCCUUCUUAUGUUGAGGAUUACAGAACUGGACACAACACUGCAGCACCCAGUUUCACAACUGAGUUCAAUAAGGACCCAUCACAGCCUGUGAGCAGCCUCUGGAUUCUGGUCCUGGCUUGGCUCUCCCUGCCCUGGUUUCUCACUCUGCUAGUAAAGUUUCCAGAGCCAUCUUUCCUCCUCCUCCUUGUCCCGGCUGCCUCGUGGUGCCACUGGUGCCUGCCUGCCUGGCAAGUCAGAGCAUGCCUGGGCUCCAUGGACAAGACGCAGAAGAUGGCAGAGCUGCAGGGGCUUGAGGACAAGUGUAGGGAGGGGGCUUCGUGGGCUCCUGCACUUGCUGACUCCUGCCUUGUAGACAACAGGCUGAACCUGGAUGUUUAUCCUGAUGGCUGCCACCGAUUCCUCAAGCUGUUCGAGGGGCGACAGGGAGAGGUGUUCCAGGUGGAGUUCCUCCGGCUCAGCAGCAACGAUCGCCUCCUUGGCACCACGCUGGGCAUCCUUCCUCGUCUGAAGCAACUGAAAUCCCUGGUGCUCAAAGGUGGCCAUACCAGGGAUGAAUUUGGCUCAUGUCAGCGUGGCUCCCUGACAAACUUGCCACCAGAUGUUGGGAACCUGAGGUGUCUCACCCACCUGGAUCUCAGCUUCAACAGCCUCUCCACCUUGCCGAGCUGCAUCCUCCGCCUCCCCAGACUCUGCGUGCUUCUGGUGAGCCACAACAGCUUAGUGGCACUACCCAAGGACUUUGGCAGUCUGAGGAAGCUGACUUUCUUCUCUGCUAUGAAAAAUCAACUGAAAGAGUUGCCUCAGAGCAUUGGGGAGCUGGCAGCACUGCAGGAUCUGGAUCUCUCAGAAAAUGCUUUGGAAUUCCUCCCUGAAGAAAUUGGGAAUUUGCAGAACUGCAUAGAACUGGAUCUCUCUGGGAAUUGCUUAUCAAGCAUCCCAGACUCAUUAGCCAAUUUGAAGUCUCUGCGGCGGCUGCAUCUCCACAGCAAUCUCCUGGUGACAGUCCCCACUUCGCUUGCCAGCCUGCCCAACUUGUCCAGACUUGAUCUGCAGAACAACUGCCUCUGUGCCGUCCCCCCGGAGAUCCAGACCUUGCCAUUUGUGCGCCUUCGAGGCAAUCCCUUAGGAAAAACUGAGCCAUUGCCGCAGGCAGAUGAAUCCAGUGCCAAAGGGCUACGAAUACUCUUUCUUGCAUCAUCAGAUGACAGCUUUACUGUGACCUCUGAAGGCUGCAAAGUGGUCCUGGCUUGUGGCAUCCACUUCUACUUUCCACCGGGGGCUACCUCUGACCCUCUGCGGAUCUGCUUCCGAAACCUUGCACCAGAACCUCAGUGGGUAAAGCUGAGACACCAUGAUGUCCUGCUGAGCAAAGUCCUGGAGCUGCAGCCUCACGGGGUUGAAUUCCAGCAGGAGGUGCAGAUCUGGAUGCCGUAUAUCCCCCCUCAAACCCUUCACCACCGUGAGGUGGUAGUUCGGACCUUCAGUGGGCAGAGCUGGAGUGACCUGAGGACGAGAGUGGAGCAGAAGAGAAAAUCAGAGAAGCAUAUGGCUCACUGUAGUGUCCUUCACUUCUCCUGGUUCCUUGUUGUGUCUCGACUUGUGCAAAAUGAAUGCAAAGUUCCAGCAGAGGGAACAUUGCUCUUUUCCAGUGUGGAUCCAAACAUCAAAGUAUCCUUUCCUCCUGGAGUCACUGAAGAGACUCGCAGUGUCAAGCUACAGGUGCUUCCAGUCUCUGCAGAAGAGAUAGAGGAAAUUGCUGGCAAUGCAGAGUGCAGAGCCAGUCCCCUGCUCUGCCUCUCCCAGGACUCCCUAGUGGAUUUUCUCAGGCCAGUGAGAAUUCAGCUGCCCCUCCCGCCGGGGGUCACAGGGCUAAAUUUGGAUCAGUCGAGGCUGCAUCUUCUCCAUGGUGACCUGGAGGGCCAGACUUGGGAUGACAUUACCAGUCAGGUGGUGCUGGAAUUCACCCAUCUUUAUGCAAUGUUUGAAGUCACCCACUUCUCCUGGUACUGGCUCUGGUACACCACGAAGACUUACAUUGGAGGCAUUGCCAAGAAAGUCUAUGAGCGGUUGCGUAUGUACCAGGUGAACUUCAUUGCUCUGCAGAGGAAGAAGGACCCAGAGCAAGUCCUGCUGCAGUGUGUCCCCAAGCACAAGGUUGACCUGGUGCUGAAGAAACUGCAGGACCGCUAUCGAGGACCUGAGCCAUCCGACAUGGUGGAGAUGUUUGAGGGAGAGCAAUUUUUUGCAGCUUUUGAGCGAGGCAUCAGUAUCGAUAUGGAUCGCCCUGACUGCGUGGAUGGACGUCUCUCAUUUAUUUUUUACUCCCGCUUGAAAAACAUGAAGGAAAUCUAUGUCACCUCCCCUGUAGACAGGAAAGGCCAAGCUGUAAAAGGCCAGGUCUCUUUCUACAGAGGGGCAGUUCCUGAGAGCAUCCCUGAAGAUGCCAGCAGGAGGAGGAGGAAAGGACCAGACUCCCUCUGGCUUGCUACUCUGCCCAUCAAACUACCUCGAUUGAAACCCCACUGGGGUGGUAACCCUGGUCCCCUGAAUGGCUUCUCAUUCCCUCCCUUGAACCUGGGCAACCCUGAGACUGGGUACUUGACACAAGCAAACCUGCUGAGCAUUGCCAGGCGCGUGGGAGCUGACUGGCAGACCGUCGGCCUGAACCUGGGCUUGACCUAUCAGCAGAUCGAGCGAAUAGGAUACAAUAACAGGGAGGACCUUGAUAAGCAAAUCCUGGACAUGCUUUUCUCAUGGGCUCAGCAAAACUCUGAGCAUCCUGACUGCGUGAGCAAGUUGAUCACAGCCAUGAAAGAGAGUGGCCGCCAGGACAUCGCUGAUGAGAUCGAAACCAUCAUUGAGCUGGGACAGCAGAAAUACAGAGAGUCCAUCCGCCGGGUGGGCUUGGAGCAGGAGAGCAGCACUGAAGACUCUGCCAUAGCUAUGAUGUAGCACCUAAAAGAAAGAACUGGUUUUCCUAUGGGGUACCUCUGUGUUCGUGGAGUGACUAUGUUUUUGGGCUGCUCACACCGACUUCAAGGGCCAGUGUCUUCCCAAGGAGGAGGACAUUAAUUACUUGUGAGCAGACUACUGGGCUCUCUUACGUCAACACUCACGUGCCACUUCUGCGAAUCCGAGGCAAUUUAGGGGGCAUUUAUAAGCCUUUUCAGUACUUCUACUUCUUGACCUUGAGAUUUAGAUUUCAGAAACAUGGAGAAAUUCAGAGAUACAAUGUCAGUUGAGCAUUGGCUAAAGUAGUCUUUAAUGAAUUAAUACUCAUUUUAUGUAUAUUUAUUUAUAACUUAUUCUUCAGACUGUGUUCUGCUGGAAACAGAGUGUGAGCAUUUGGGUCUGUUUGUGCUCCAGUGCUUGAUGGUGUAGUUGUGGUGGUGUAGUUGUGUUAUGAAGGCUUGUGGUGUAGUGGGGACUGUUCAGCUAUUUCUGUUAACUAUGUGUUUUGCUCACCUGAAAAUGUGAACUAUAUUCUCCAUGAAAAUGUUUUCUGUUUUCUGCCAAAUCUCUUCCAGUUCCCUCAAGCCCAAAACAAAGCCUAAGUAUUUGUGAGGAAAAGAGAAGAAAAUAAUUUCUAGCAAAAUUGCUGUUGUUUUUUAGUUUUGCUCCAAAUGCUAUUCUGGAAGAAAUAAAAUUUCAUGUUGUCCUUAGGCUGCUGCACCUGACAGGCUUUUUAGGUGAGAUCUACACUCUGGUUGCUGAGAGAGUUCCAGUUUUAUUUUACAAUUAGGGGGAAGUACAUAAACCUGCUGUUCUGGGAAAGGCACUUAAGUGAAAGUAAAAUUUCCCUUGCAGUUUGGAAGGGAUAUUCCUCACAUCAUCCAACUGAAAUAUGCCCAUGUAGGAGUGAAGGUGUGAUCCCUCGUGAACUUUGGUGAAAAGUAUGACAUAAAUUUGCAUUUUAAGAACUGUUCUGACCAGCUGUGAGAUGGGCACUCUUGUGGGAUUGGCAUGAACUGUGCUGAGCUAACCUCCCAAUUUGUCAUACUGAACAUCUUCUAUAGGGCUGGACUGUUUAUAUAUAGAGGUUUUUUUAACUACUCUAUCAUUGACUACUGAGGUGCCCUUCUCUUGCUGUUUCCCAGCUCAUAAUGGGUCUCAUCUAAUGACCUGUUAAUGACUGGGAAAUUUCUUGCAAACUUUUUGAAAGACUAUUGUUGUCUAUGUAAAUUCAACUCUAUUAGAAGAGGUUUGGAUUCAGCAUAUCCCACUCUCUAAGCAGUAUUUAAAAGGCUGUUUUUAAUCUGAAAAACAAAAGUCGGUAUAAAAAUGCCAGGUUGCAACACCUAAAGUCAACCUGCAACUCCAGGUCUGAGAAAUCCUGAUGUUUUCCUCCCCCUGCGGUGAAUCAUUGGUGGUUUCCCCGAUGCUGUGUUUCAGACCUGCCACCAGUACUAUUGAAAGAGAGUCAUGAAAUCAUUCUGCUUUCUUUUUUUUCAGGCCAUUUUAACAUUUCAAGCCAGAGUGAUUACUUUUCAGUCCAGAGCACUGGACAAGGACUUGCAGACUUGAGUUGUUGGUCCUGGGCAUAGGAACUUCCUCAGAUCUGAUGUCUUAGGCCAUGCUGCCCAUCAGGUCUUGUGUUCAAGUCAGCAGUUCUUUUUUGAAUGUAUGUUUUCUCUGGUAGUCUGUUUAAUAUGUUCUUAUCUGUAAUUUUGAUGUAUACCAAUGAGGUAUUUGUUCUUUCU